UAAUUCGCUUAACCAUCGAAAGCUCCCUCCCCCAGCGAAUUUCCAUCGGUGCAGUCAGCGACAAUUUUUCCAUAUCAACGUUCGCACUGUUAAAACGCAGACGUCUUUCUGUUUGUGUCCGAGAAAACUAACAUGGGCUGUGAGGAGAAGCAAGAAACCACCAAGCCAAGCCUGCGCAUCCAGGACAUUCCGGUGCUGAUGCAGGACCACUGUCGCAUGCUAGAUCCCUCCAAGGUGGAGUGCAUCAUCAAUGAGUUCGUACAGGGCGGCCCGGAGCGCAUUGUGUCGGACUUUGACUAUACAAUCACCAAACAGCGGACUGAGGACGGCAGUGUGGUGCCCUCCAGUUUUGGGAUCUUCAAUGCCUGCCAGUCGCUGCCGGAUAGCUUCAAAACGGAGUCGGACAAACUAUACCAUAAGUACAGGCCAAUUGAGAUCGAUCCGCACAUGCCCAUCCCCGAGAAGGUUCAAUACAUGGUCGAAUGGUGGACCAAGUCGGGUGCGUUGGCCACCGGCUUCACCUUCGAUCAAUCAGAAAUAGAUCAGAUUGCCAGCAAGAAUAAAAACGCGCUACGUGACCGUACUCAUGAGUGUUUUGCCGAUCUACAGCGCUUGGGCAUUCCCACAUUGGUGUUCUCCGCCGGACUGGGCAACUCUGUGGUCUCCGUGUUGCGCAAGGCAAAUGUGAUGCAUCCCAAUGUAAAGGUGGUGUCGAAUUUCCUGCAAUUUCGCAAUGGACUUCUGGACGGCUUCCAGCAGCCCAUGAUACACACCUUCAACAAGAACGAAACUGUCCUGGACGGCAGUGAGUAUUACAACCUGGUCCACACACGCGACCACAUCAUCGUGAUGGGGGAUUCCCUGGGAGACGCUGACAUGGCCUCCGGCGUUCCGGCCUCUUCGCAUAUCAUAAAAAUUGGUUUCCUUUUCGAACAUGUGGAGGCCAAUAUGGAUAAGUACAUGAAAACAUUUGAUAUCGUCUUGGUGGAUGAUCAAACAAUGGAUGUGCCCCGGGCUUUGCUCGCUCUCAUCGAAAAGCAGCACCAGCUGAAGCAGCAGGCCCCUCUGUAUCGUACUCAAAAAACGUUCCUGCUUUCUCAAACACAAACACACAGCAGAAGCUACUAAUUAAGUGGUUUAGAUUUAACCAUUUCAUCCAUUCUAACAGCAAUUCAUACCAUAUUAAAUGACAACGUUGUGCUACAAAAUUA